AUGAAUGAUUUGCUAAGCGCCUCAGUGGAGACACAUCGAUUAGGUCGGCACUCCUGCACGUCCACCAACAGGCUCCUCGAGCAACUUCUCCAUACCACCACUGUGUACACGGCUGAAUCUGUGGUUAGAGGAAACUCCGCUAUGGUACAUACACCUCCCGUAGUGUGCACUCGAUGCUGUCUUACUGCCAAUUGCGCGUUCAUUCACAACAUCGAUUCAAUACCCAAAUGUCUUUCUCGACUCUGCGAUGCCUGCGCAGAUCUUCUCGCACUGAACGAGCAAAUCGAUGCUGUCCAACAACAACUUGAUUCCCUCCUACGACGACGACAGGAAGUGAAAAGCAGGGUUAAUCGCCAGCACGAUCAACUCACGAAUCGAUUGCCUCUGGACAUUGUUGCAGAGAUUUUUCAUCUGGUCGCGGGCUCCGUGGAACUACCAGAAGAAAAGGAGGCCUGGGGUAUACCGAAUUUAUUUCCGACCGCUGGGCCUCUGCUCUUGGGCGUUGUCUGCAAAUGUUGGCGCGAUAUAACUUUAGGUCUUCCUCGGCUAUGGGCCACCGUCUGUAUCGAAAUAGGUGAUCUCUCAAAUAUUCAACCAGUCGAGCAGUGGCUACAGAGAUCCUCCAAAGCACCAUUAGACAUCUUGGUCUCCAGUGAUGGCUGCUUAGAUUCAAAGGAAUAUACCUCGAUCAAAAAACUCUGGAACCUCCUUCGGCCUCAUGCCACGCGUUGGAAUAGAUUCAGCUUCUUGGGAAGAUGGGAGUAUUUUUAUGAUUUAUUCCACAAUCUGGAUAGCAUUCUUCAGCUGGAUACCCUUGAAAUAAGUAUAACCGGAAUGGAGACCUGGGACUUGCCGCCGAUCAAACUGGAACGCCCUCUUGGUCCCAGAAAUCUCUUCAUUGACAAUGUGUCUUUGAGCCAGGUUCCUCUUCAAUUCGCCAAUCUCACCUACCUACACAUGGAUACCAUACAGCUUGGGGAAAUUCUGCACAUAAUUUGCCAUGCGCCUAAUCUAACCAAAUGUAUUAUUGGAAUUCAAGACGAGGUGAUAGAACCCUUGGAUUCGGGGAUGCAUUAUCCAUUGCCUUCGGGUCCUAUCGUACACCGAUCGCUCAAAUUUGUAGAAAUGGAUUUGGACACUGAGGACCUACUCGUACAUCUCACUCUCCCUUCACUGGAGACAUUUGAGUGUGAAUGUUACUCGUCGCCGGAAACUUUGGACAAAAUCGCUGAAUUCAUGGCACGAUCUGCACCCACACUUAAUAAAUUUCUAUUCAAUGCAAGCCAGGGUCCCCUUCCACCCCUCUGGUAUGAACGCCUUGGAGGCAUCACACACCUGUGCUUGUACCUCUAUGGAGACCCGGAAAAUGAAAGUAUAGGAUGCGACUUUCUUCGUGCUUUGACCGAUACAUCAGCCAACGCGGUCCUUCCACACCUACAGGAGAUAAAUAUCGGCACCUUUGACAUGUCGGACCUCCUUUGGUCAAAACUAUGCGAAGCUGUUAUUGCUCGGGGGAAAUGCGCUUCGAUCAUACAGGAUGACGUUGGGGAUGGUUAUGCACAGGCGUUGGGAUCAGUCUGGGUUCAUGUAAUGUACGACGACAUUGUCCGCGCACUACACCAGAUUUCACAGCCGGACGUUGCGUCAUCGAUUGAGCGUAUUAGGGCUUCAGGCGUUCGAUUUGAGGUUGUGGACAAAAACAACAUCGAUAUGGUAUUCUGUGCUUCUCGCCUCGUCGUAAAUUCGUUGUUGCCCUUUUCAAGGGAAUUGACGUUCCCUUUCUAUUGA